AUGAUGGAUGUAAAGGAAAAUCAAACAGAUGGAUAUUAUGAUGAUUUUCAAAGAUUUUUGGAGAUGAGAAUCACUUUGAAAGGUCUCGAUCAGUUAUUGAAGAGACUAUUGGAAGCCUUUACAAUCAUUGACUUAUCCUCCAACAAUUUCUCUGGGAGUAUUCCAGAUUCCAUAGGUAAUCUGAAUUCUUUGAGAUACUUGAAUUUGUCGCACAAUAAUCUCAUGGGACACAUACCUGCAUCUCUUGGAAAUAUAAGUGUGCUUGAAUCAUUGGACUUGUCAUGGAACAAAUUGGAUGGAAGAAUUCCAAGUGAAUUGACGAGGUUGACAUUUCUUGCGAAAUUAAACCUUUCAAUGAAUGAUCUCGUGGGGCAAAUACCACAAUCUACUCAGUUUUCCACAUUUGAGAAUGAUUCAUAUGUGGGAAACUUGAGAUUGUGUGGAUUUCCGUUGACGAGAAAAUGCAACGAGGAGAAUGGGCAGCGGAUGCAGCCAGAAGAACAAGAUGAUGAAGAAGAUGACCUUCCUCCUCCUUUUCGCAAGCUUUCAAUUUUAUCAAAAACACUGAAUUUUACACCACCCCCGCCGUCUGCACCAGUGGCUCAGUCCUCCAAAGAUGCCCCUUCAUCCUCUCAAGGAUCCCAUCCAAGGCAAACCAUUCAAUCUGAAGCUCCAUCCACUUCAGUUUCAUCAGCUGGUGCAAAUCGGAAUGCCAUCAUCGUAAGCCAUAGACAGAAGGGCAACCCUUUGCUAAAGCAUAUAAGGAAUGUUCGAUGGGUUUUUGCUGAUGUUGUUUGCGACUACUUGUUGGGCCAAAAUACUUGUGCGCUUUAUUUGAGGUUUGAAGUCAAGUACAGUUUCAUCGAUGUUUAUAUGUUGGGAAUCAAGUACAUUUCCUAUGGCAUGGUUUGACAGCACUCUUAUUCCGAUGUACCCACUAUUAUGAUCAUAGAAACAUGUGUUUUUGGCACAGGCUCUUGAGAUAACAAUAUCUUGACACCAUCAUAUUGAAAUGCACCUAUUUG